AUGUCGGAUUCCUCUUCUCCUGGGGCGUGUUUAUAUUAUUCACCUCCAAGACAGUUAAAAACUAAAAGCAGACACCGAAACGACAAGAAGUCGAAUUAUAAACACGUUCCUCAUAGCCUCAAACCCGCGCAUCUUGUUGCUAAGCGUAACGCGCGGGAAAGGAGCCGCGUCCAAGCAGUCAACUUGGCUUUUUCUAGGCUAAGGAAACACGUCCCUUUUGAACCUCGCCACAAGAGACUUUCAAAAGUGAAAACCCUUCGAGUCGCCAUCGACUACAUCCAACACCUGCAACAGCUGAUCGACCGACAUGACAACAUUCUCGACGCGCCAACAACAACGUCUGAUUUCCGAGGUUGCCAGAUUUUUCAAACAUGUGAUUUCAAACCAGAAACAGACGGCACAACUCGUGAAGCUAAUUUAGCCUUACAUCGCUCUUCUUCUGUAAGUGAAAUACCAUCAUCCCAAACCUCAAAACGCCAUCUUUCUUUUUUACCGAAACCUACGCCCUGCAACGAAUGUCCAAGUGGUCAAAAUAUCCAUAAUUCCGAAAUCAUCAAUGCCUCAUUUCCUGGCAACAACUUUACCCAAAGACAGCUAAAUUUCCAAAAUGGAUUCGUUCCUUGUAAUAAUUUUCAACAUUGCAAUCCUUACAUGGAUUGUGUUCGCAGCAGUGACGAAAGCGUCAUUCCAUAUCCCCAAAACCUACUACAGAUGUCGCCACCGUACAAACCGUGGACCGCCAUUGACGCUACGAAGUCAUACACUAAUAAUUUCAUCUGCGGAAACUACUGUUCGUCUUCUACGUCUUUCGACCAGUCCGGUGUUUUUAUCGAGGUAUCAGAGUAUCAAAAUUACAGAGGUAGCUGCGAUAAAAACUACAAUACACAUCAAAACAGAUAUCUUCCAUCUUUGCCAAUAGCAACCAUCAUAGACGGUAGCAGAUUUGCAGUUCCUGAAAUAGAAACCAACAAAACCGGAAGUUGCGUGCUGACGACUUUGAGCAGUGACGGACGGUAG